AUGAGCACAGUCCUCUUCGUCGACAAAGACUCAAACAAACGUUCUAGGAACGUUUCGACGGAGCCGAAUUUACUGGACGAUAGGCAUUGGACUGAUGUAGCGCCGGAGGGGAGCGUGGUGGCUUUGCAGGCUGAUGGGGAGGAUUGUGGUUCGGGGUUGGGCGUAGUGAUUGAUGGACGGAGUCGAGAUGUGGUGGGUUGUGGGAAGAUCUGUGAGGAGGGGGAGUUUGUGUGCUUCUCAAAAGGGCUGACGAGUGUGGGCACUGGAUUGGAUUUGAGGCCUUGGGAAGUUGAUGUCCCACUGACGAUUGGCAAUGUCAUCGUCAAGCCUGGCGACAUCAUCUGCGCGGACGAGGCGGAGCAGGUCGUUGCUGUGAUUCCGAGGGAGAAACUGGUGGAGGUCGUGGAGAUGCUGCCGAGGUUGAAGAGGGCGGAUGAUCAGGUUUUGAGGGAUGUGGCGGAUGGGGUGGAUCUGAGGACGAGUUUCGGGGAGCAUAGGGACCAUUAUACGCAUUUCCGGCGAGCUCGAGAACGGACCUGGUGGGCCGGGGUUGAUGUGCUUGAGCGAAGUUGGAUGAGGCACUUACAGGGAGGCUCAUGCUGGGACGAUGAUGGUUCACCGACUCCGAUAUUCCUCAUGGUAGCAUCAUUGAGUGGGUGGUGGGUGUCAAGGAGAGCAAGAUGCUGCCGAUAUGUUCGAGAUGAUUGGUGGUCCGUGUCGUUGUUGACGUUGUUGACAAGGAUCUUGCCAAGUCAUCAGGUUGGUCCUGCAUCAAUACCUUAUGUUGCCGCAUUGCAUUCGCCCGCCCAUACACGAGCUGAAUAA